GGCGGGGUAGUGGCUGGAAGAGGCGGGGGCCGGGCGGGGGGGAACAAGGUGGCCGGGGACGGUGGGAGCCAGCCGGAGCGGGGCAGGGGACGUGGCUGCGAGUGGGUGGGAGUGGGAGGAGUGCGCGCCGGGGCACGCAGCGCGGCCGCGCCGGGCUCAGGUCCGCGAGCCGCGGGCUGGGGUCGGAGCUGCUAGAGAGGCGGCUGCGCCACAAAAGCCUGUCGUUCCCUCCCGCUGCCCGCCUCCGUCGCCUCCUCCCUCCCCCGCCUGCCUUCCUUCUCUCUGCCCCUCCCCCGGCCGCGGCCUGGAGGCUGGAGCGGGCGGAGCAGGGGAGGGGCGGACCCCCGAAUAUGCAGAUGAGCGCGUGAUGGACAGCUGCGCGUUCCAAUGUCCCUCGGAAACUCGAGCGCUCCUUCCUCAACUCCUCACUCCCGACUCCAGACUCCCCCAAACCCCGACCGCCGGCCUGGCGCGCGGCUGCGCCCACCGGCUCCGCGCUGCAGCCUCCGCCACCGCCACCCCGCCGCAGCCCCGGCCCGCGGGCCGCCCAGGCUAGUGCCCGGGCCGGCCUGCCUCCGCCCGCCGUCCGGGUGCCCGUCGCCGCGCCGCGCCCCGGCCGGGCGUGGAUGGAGGGCGCCGCGCGCCCUGCCCGCUGCUCGGCGUGACGCGGGCCCGGCGCCCCGCGCCCACCAUGUCCUACCCGCAGGGCUACCUGUACCAGGCGCCCGGUUCGCUGGCGCUCUACUCGUGCCCGGCCUACGGCGCGUCGGCUCUGGCGGCUCCGCGCAGCGAGGAGCUGGCGCGCUCGGCGUCGGGCUCGGCGUUCAGCCCCUACCCGGGCUCGGCGGCCUUCACAGCGCAGGCGGCCACCGGCUUCGGGAGCCCGCUGCAGUACUCGGCCGACGCCGCCGCCGCCGCCGCCGGCUUCCCGUCCUACAUGGGCGCACCCUACGACGCGCACACCACCGGCAUGACCGGCGCCAUCAGCUACCACCCGUAUGGCAGCGCGGCCUACCCGUACCAGCUCAACGACCCCGCGUACCGCAAGAACGCCACGCGGGACGCCACGGCCACGCUCAAGGCCUGGCUCAACGAGCACCGCAAGAACCCCUACCCCACCAAGGGCGAGAAGAUCAUGCUGGCCAUCAUCACCAAGAUGACCCUCACCCAGGUCUCCACCUGGUUCGCCAACGCGCGCCGGCGCCUCAAGAAGGAGAACAAGAUGACCUGGGCCCCGAGGAACAAAAGCGAGGAUGAGGAUGAGGACGAGGGCGAUGCGGCCAGAAGCAAGGACGAGAGUCCCGAUAAGGCGCAGGAGGGCACGGAGACCUCGGCGGAGGACGAAGGGAUCAGCCUGCACGUGGACUCGCUCACGGAUCACUCGUGCUCGGCUGAGUCGGACGGGGAGAAGCUUCCUUGCCGUGCCGGGGACCCCCUGUGCGAAUCGGGCUCCGAGUGCAAGGACAAGUACGACGACCUGGAGGACGACGAGGACGACGACGAGGAGGGCGAGCGGGGCCUGGCGCCGCCCAAGCCCGUGACCUCGUCGCCGCUCACCGGCUUGGAGGCGCCGCUGCUGAGCCCCCCGCCCGAGGCUGCGCCCCGCGGUGGCGGCAAGACGCCCCAGGGCAGCCGGACGUCUCCGGGCGCGCCGCCCCCCGCCAGCAAGCCCAAGCUGUGGUCGCUGGCCGAGAUCGCCACGUCGGACCUCAAGCAGCCGAGCCUUGGCCCGGGCUGCGGGCCACCUGGGCUGCCCGUAGCCGCCGCGCCGGCCUCAUCCGGGGCACCGCCGGGAGGCUCGCCCUACCCUGCCUCGCCGCUGCUAGGCCGCCCCCUGUACUACACGUCGCCCUUCUACGGCAACUACACAAACUACGGGAACUUGAACGCGGCGCUGCAGGGCCAGGGCCUCCUGCGGUACAACUCCGCGGCCGCGGCCCCUGGCGAGGCCCUGCACGCCGCGCCCAAGGCAGCCAGCGACGCGGGCAAGGCGGGCGCGCACCCGCUCGAGUCCCACUACCGGCCCCCGGGCGGCGGCUACGAGCCCAAGAAAGAUGCCAGCGAGGGCUGCACCGUGGUUGGCGGGGGCGUCCAGCCCUACCUAUAGAAGAGCCGAGCACAGCAAUGCAAGUAAGUGGGCACCCUGGUGCUUCCCAGACCCUCUGGAGCCUCCCAGCACCAGCUUGCUUCAUGUGUUUUUCUUGCUUCUGGUCAUGGGGUUAGAAGACAGAGCAUUUCAAUCUUGUCCAGUCUUUUCUUUCCUCAAGGGGGAAACUAUCUUUUCUGUUUUAUAGAUUCCCUCUUUUUGGCACAAGUUCUAUCACUCCUUUACCUAGGGAAAGAAAAUAUAUAUGUGUGUGUGUGUGUGUAAUAUAUAUAUGUGUGUAUAUAUAGUACAUGUGUGUAUAUAUAUAUAUUACACACUACUGUUGUUUUCUUUUGAAACAAUAGAUUAUUACAAUCUGGGCAUUCGUAUGCAAUUUAGAGCCAUUUUUACUAUGCUAGACACAUAAUACACACAUGCUUUGAUGAGCUUGGGCUACCAAAACUCGGAGUAGCAAAAAUCUUUAUAGAUGAUGUUUGCAAAAUAAGACUGAAGAGACACAAGGCGUCCUAGUCUUUUAUCAGCCCUUCCCAACCUCCCCUCCACCCAUGUCCAAGUGGACAGGACUCUGACAUUCUCCUGGGGCUCACAACAGCAUCUGAAAAAAUUUGUUGCUUUGCAACGAGUCAGAAUUACUAAGUGUAGAUCUUGAAGAUAAGAAAGAGGUAGAACCACUUCAGAUCAACUCGUUUUUAUAAUGGUGUUGGUGUGGAACUGAAAGAUUGGGGAUGAUUUGGUUUUUCCUUGGUCCACAGGUAGGUGUCACAAUUGCUUUGGAAAAAAAAAAAAAAAAAAAAAAAAAAAAAAAAAAAAAAAAAAAAAAAGUCAGGAGGCCAUUCUCCCUUCCCAAGCUCAUAAAUUUACAGAUACAACAAACAGAUGUCUAAAUCCAGACCACAUCUUGUGCCACUGUAAAAGAGAAGGAUCCACACAGCACUGUCAACCCACAGACUCUAACAAUUGGAACAGACUAUUGUUGGACAUACGUGAAUUUGUUGGCAUAGUAUAGUUUCCCCUAUGUAUGUGUGACUUUUGAAAACAAUCUGUUUUUCUCAGGAUAUCUUGAAUUGAUCACUUCAUUGCCACGGUAUAUAUUCUAUAGGUGUGAUAGGAUUUACUGUAAAGUUUAUUUGUAAAAGAUGUACACAGUAGAAAUAAAACGUGAUUGAAGAACUUGAGUACUUCAGAAGUGGAAACAAAUUUGAUAUUUAUUUUUAUAAUGAUAUAAAGCUUCUAGUAAUUUAUGCAAGUUGUAUUGCAAUGGAAUCUAAACUUUUUGUAAAUAAAUUCUGCCUGGUUUUUAUUUGAACAUUGCUGGUUAUACAAUCUUUGUUGGUUGUUUAACACGAAUUCUUUACUAAUUUAUAUCUUAAAUUGUAAAUAAAAACAGACUAGUCUACAAUAAUAUGGUGUUUGGGGCUUAUUUUUCCUAGAAGAAUGAUUUGGGGUGGAGCUCCAGUGAUAACCUCCAGGUGAUCUGAUCUCACCUUUUUAAUGAAAAGCUGUGUGAAAUAAACUCUCCUUUCCUGAUCAUUAAAAAAAAAAAAAAAAAAAAAUCAGAUGGAAGAGAAGUAUACAAUCAGGAGAAACAUGUACUCUAGAUGAUUUCUAUAUAUGUAUUGCAAAAAACAAAAAAAAAGAUUUUUGUGCCCUGAGUAUGCUAAUUACUUGUUAGUGUAAAUUUUUAAAACUUGGCAAAAUAAAAUGAUCUGACACCCUA